AUGUUCUCCUUAGCAAAGACUUUGGCUGCAAGCCUGGUACUCUCGGGGUUAUACGACAGUGUGCAGGCCCAGUACUACAAAGUUGAUACCAAAGAGGCGAUCAAAACCACGGCUAGUACGCUCGCAUACGAUCUGAUGCUCUUGUACGAAGGCAAUAAAACAGGACAAAUACCUGGCAUCCUACCAGGGCCGCCGUCUGAAAAUAAAGGAAAUUACUACUGGUGGCAGGGCGGUGCCAUGAUGGGCACCUACAUCGACUACUGGCACCUGACAGGCGACACAAGCUACAACGAUGUGGUGAUGCAGGGGAUUCUGCACCAAGUUGGCGAAAACAGGGACUUCAUGCCUCGCAAUCAUACAGCUUCUCUCGGAAACGAUGAUCAAGGGUUUUGGGGCAUGACAGCGAUGCUGGCCGCCGAAAACAAAUUCCCCGAUCCUCCAGCAGACAAGCCGCAAUGGCUUGCUUUGGCGCAGGCCGUCUGGGCGACGCAAGCAGACCCGAGCCGGCAUGAUUCAUAUUGCAAUGGCGGUAUGCGAUGGCAAAUCCCGUUUUCCAAUGCUGGAUACGAUUACAAAAACACAAUUGCCAAUGGCUGCUUCUUCAAUAUUGGAGCUCGUCUCGCUCGAUAUACAAAGAACGAAACCUAUGCAAAGUAUGCGGAUGAAACCUGGGACUGGCUCUGGAAUGUCAAGUACAUUGACCAUGAAAACUGGCUGGUCUAUGACGGCGGCAGGGUGCCGUUCAAUUGCACCGAUAUCAACAAGGCGACUUUCUCAUACAACGCUGCCAUUCUGACCCAGGGUGCAGCAUUCAUGUACAACUAUACGGAUGGCGACAAGAAAUGGGGAGACCGCGUGGACAAGCUCCUCGAUUCCAUGCUCAAGAACUUUAUCCGCGAUGGCGCCAUGUAUGAGUUGCCAUGCGAGGGCACGCCAGGCACAUGCACAGCCGAUAUGCUUACAUUCAAGGGCUACGUGCAUCGUUGGUUGUCCGUGGUUGCGCAGAUUGUACCGCACACUGCGGACAAGAUCUUGCCCGCCCUGGCAAAAUCAGCCAAAGCGGCGGCGAACCAAUGCACCGGUCGCGAAUCAGGCCGCACCUGCGGCUUCUACUGGAGCGGCGGCAAAUUUGUCGAUCCUAGUGUCGACAAGACGACGGGCGCUGGCGAGUACAUGAGUGCUCUCGCUGCCGUGUCCAGUCUCUUGAUCAAAGACGCGAAUCCGCCUAUAACGAACUCGACCGGCGGGACAUCCAAAGGCAGCCCAAAUGGCGGUUUUGCAGGCGGCGAUAAUGGGCUGAAGAUACCAAAGCCUAUUACUGUGGCCGACAAGGCAGGCGCCGGUAUUCUGACAUUUAUGCUUGUCUUUGGAGCCUCGGGUACGUUUUUCUGGAUGGGCUUCAUGGUUUGA